GCGGUCUGAUGGUAAAUUUUGUCUUCAUACAUUUCAAAUUGAAUUAUUGACUAUACCUAAGCGCCUAUUUACCUCAUAAGAGCGAUCGAGGCUCGCAGCUUUCGUUCAUCGGGAAAAUGACAAUGCCUCUCACUGUUGCUGGGCAAAGGAUGUUUCGCUGGACAGUGCCUUUUAUUGCUAGGCAAUACUGCAGCCAGUCAUCGCAGGCGAGAGGGCAAGUACAGAGAAGUAUUGAGGAGAAACUUUCGAAGGCGUUAAACCCCACGGAACUAUUGGUGGAAAAUGAAAGCCACAUGCAUAAUGUGCCGAAAGGCUCUGAAACACAUUUUCGAGUAACUGUUGUGUCAGCUUCGUUUGAAGGCAAGAGUCUAGUUCAGCAACACGCACUAGUGUAUGGCGCUGUGAAAGAAGAACUUCAAAAUCCCGUCCACGCACUGGCAAUUGAAACGUCAACUCCUGCCAAGUGGAAAGGACAGACCAAGCAGUCGCCACCCUGCUUAGGAGGAAUGAAGUCAGAAACAAAGCACAGGACGUGAGCCAAACAGCUAUGUUCACUCGCAGAUAUGUGCCACACUAGUUGAAAUAAAACCGUGUUCACUUGCA